UGCUGGGAUUACAGUUGUGAGCCACCACGCCCGACUGUGUUUUUGUAAUGUUUUUAAAAGAAUAAAUUAGGCCUGCUGCAGGGUGGAGAGGCGGGAUAGUGUGGGGCAGGAGGACCGACCCCUGGGGCCUGGGGUCUGUGACCACGUAGGAUGCAGUCCCAAGAGGGCCAGAAGAGCUGGGAAGUGGGGCAGGCAGGGCCGGGGGAGUGCCGCCCUCCUCCGGCCUGCAGCUGUCGGAGGAUCCACAGUGACGGCUCUGUUUACCGGUCGCCAUGGUCCCAGCGGGAGGGUGUGUUACCACCAGGCGGGGGCAUCAGGCAGACAGUGUUGACGGCCUUAAAGGACCCAGAGGCCAGCCAUUGUGGGAGGCCUCACCUGCCUGGAAGGACAGGCGCAUGGGCGCUUCCUCCCCCUCUACAAGGGCCUCACUGAUUCCACUCAAAGGGCAGGGGAGCUCCCCUCAGUCUCCCCAGGGAGCCAGCCAGGUCUGUCCCCUACAGCUGAUGUCAGGUCCAGAGGCCAUCCUAGAAUCACAGGUUUGUGGGAACCAAAGCUCUAGCUGCUAGGGGUUCCGUUCUCACUGGAGCCCACCCCAGAGGCUCCCCCACUCCCAGAGCAAGCGAUCAUUUCCCUCGGUCAGUGAAACCCAGGCCUAGGAGGCCUAGGAGCUUUGCAGGCAGCUGGGGCAGAGGACCCAGGGAAGACUAGGGGCCAAGGGGGCAGAGGGAACUGAGGGCAGAAGGGACAGAGCCACUGAAGAAAUGGCCGUGGGGCCCCUCAGGCCUCAUCUUCCUGACUGGCCACACACCUCCUUGUCCCCUAAUGGGGUCUGACCAGGGCAACUCGGAGGCCCUGGGAAGAGAGGUGCCCCCAUCAGGGCUGCAGUUCUCGAUGGGAGGAUGUGACUGGUCACAACAGCAGACUCAAAUGAGCACACGCCUGCAAUCCCAGCACUGUGGGAGGCUGAGGCGGCGGAUUGCCUGAGGUUGGGAGUUUGAGACCAGCCUGACCAACAUGAAGAAACCCUGCUUCUACUAAAAACAAAAGUAGCUUUCUCUGCUGCGAGCUUCCAAAAUGACAAAGAAAAGAAGGAACAACGGUCGUGCCAAAAAGGGCCGCGGCCAUGUUCAGCCUAUUCGCUACACAAACUGUGCCCGAUGCGCGUCCAAGGACAAGGCCAUUAAGAAAUUCGUCAUUCGAAACAUAGUGGGGGCCGCAGCAGUCAGGGACAUUUCUGAAGCGAGCGUCUUUGAUGCCUAUGCACUUCCCAAGCUCUAUGUGAAGCUACAUUACUGUGUGAGCUGUGCGGUUCACAGCAAAGUAGUCAGGAAUCGAUCUCGUGAAGCCCGCAAGGACUGAACACCCCCACCCCGAUUUAGACCUGCGGGUGCUGCCCCACGACCCCCACCAAAACCCAUGUAAGGAACUGAGUAAAAGAUUGAAGGCAACUAUUCCCUGGAGAAAAAUAAAAUGGAAAUUGUACUUGAAAAAAAAAAAAAAA